CGCGGGGCUGGAGGCUGCACAGCCACAGGACUAUCCCCUCCUGCAUCCCGGUGGCACAGGAUUCCUCUUGUUCCUUUUCUUUUUUUUUUUUUUUUUUUUUUUCCCACCACUCUUCAUCACUCUAAACGGGUCGAUUUAAUUGUUAUUAUUCCGUAGUUAUUUUGCUACCUGACUUUUUCGUCUUGCUUCUUUUUCCCCCCCUUUUUUUAUUUGAAGGAUCUGCUAAGACUUUUUCUUUUUUUUUUUUUUUUUUGGAGAGCCUUAAAAAAAAAAAAAAAAAAGCCAGGAAGGGAAAGAAGCCAGCAAGAGACUGAAAAGAGCAAGAGAAAGUGGCAGCUGAGAAGGACUGUGAAAUCACCUCCCCUUUCUUGGACUGUCGAUCAUAGCGAGAGUUGUACAUUAUUAUUAUUGUUUUUCUUUCUGCGUCUCUCUGUCCACAUACGCAGGCAGAGAAAGAGACAAGUACUGACAGUGAAACUCGACGAGACCAGCCAUGGUAGCAAGGGCUCAGCCUGAUCGGAAACAAUUACCGCUGGUCCUACUGAGAUUGCUUUGCCUUCUCCCUACAGGGCUGCCAGUCCGCAGCGUGGAUUUUACCCGAGGGACCGAUAACAUCACCGUGAGGCAAGGGGACACAGCCAUCCUCAGGUGUUAUGUAGAAGACAGAAGCUCCAAGGUGGCCUGGUUAAAUCGUUCUGGCAUCAUUUUUGCUGGAGAGGACAAGUGGUCCCUGGACCCUCGAGUAGAGCUGGAGAAGAGAAACCCCCUGGAAUACAGCCUGCGGAUCCAGAAAGUGGAUGUCUAUGAUGAGGGGUCCUACACGUGUUCAGUGCAGACACAGCAUCAUCCCAAGACUUCCCAGGUUUACUUGAUUGUGCAAGUUCCACCAAAGAUCUCCAAUAUCUCCUCGGACAUCACCGUGAAUGAGGGCAGCAAUGUGACCCUGGUUUGCAUGGCAAAUGGGCGUCCUGAGCCUGUCAUCACCUGGAGGCACCUCACUCCCACAGGCAGAGAGUUUGAAGGUGAGGAGGAGUACCUGGAGAUCCUGGGGAUCACACGAGAGCAGUCGGGCAAGUACGAGUGCAAAGCUGCCAACGAAGUUGCCUCAGCAGACGUCAAGCAAGUCCGGGUCACUGUGAACUACCCUCCCACCAUCACAGAGUCCAAGAGCAAUGAAGCAGCCACAGGACGACAAGCCUUACUGCGGUGCGAGGCAUCAGCAGUGCCCACGCCCGAUUUCGAGUGGUACAGAGAUGAUACCAGGAUAAACAGUGCCAAUGGUCUGGAGAUAAAGAGCACGGGGAGCCAGUCUCUGCUGAUGGUGGCCAAUGUCACUGAGGAGCACUACGGGAACUACACCUGUGUGGCUGCCAACAAGCUGGGAGUCACAAAUGCCAGCCUAUACCUUUACAAACGAGUUUUACCCACACUCCCCAAUCCUUUUCCAGGACCCGGCACAGGGAGAGUAGACAACGGCUCCAUGAGUUUGGCCGUCCCACUGUGGCUUCUGGCAGCAUCCCUGCUCUGCCUACUCAGCAAAUGCUAAUACAAAUCAGAAUUAAGAUAAUAAUAUUAAUAAUAAUUAAAAAAACAACACGACAACAACAACAACAACAACACACAAAACAAAAUGCGUUAUACAGGAGACAGAGCGAAGAGAGGGGAGAGAGAAAAAAGAGGGGGGGAGAGAGAGAGACGACUGUUUCUUUCACAACUUUUGUGUGUUCAGGAGCGAAGAGGGGGGAGAGGAAAAAUUACAGCAAAGAAGACUCAGCAACAUUUAAUCCAAAACCUGAAAAGCCGGCUGUCAAGUCAUCGACUGCCUAGGAGGCAACACGAAGCGAGGGAGAGAAUGGGCACCAGCAAGGAUCGUGUCGCCGGAGGAUGCUGCAAUGUAAACAAUCCAACAAAACCUGCAAAGCCAAUCAAAAAGAAGAUCCCUUUUCUUUUCUCUCCUCCUUCCUCUUUUCCAUACUCCCUCACUUUCCUUCCUUCCUUCUCUUUCUUUCUUUUGCAGAAAGAGGUCUUUGCUUCGGUGUCUAUAGCCAUUUAACUUUUUGGAUGCCCUGGGUCAUUUUUGUGAGCUAAUGCUCAGCCAGUUCAUACUUUUAAAAACAAAUCUAAAAAAAAAAAAAAAAAAAGAUAAAAGAAAAAAAAAUAACAGCCACAAACCAGAGCAAGUCACCUGAAGCUCUCUGCACACUGGUGUCCUGUGAAGAACCCCUUCCUCUCUUCACUUCACCCUGCGCUCAUGUGCACCCAGCCCUUGCUAAACACCUUAUUUCCUGUCCCCUCCUUCAUGCAACAUCACCCCACAGACCUAAUCUAAAGCUGUGUCAACUCUACUGAAAGCCUACUUCUUUUUUUUUUCUUUUAAAAUCCUCUUCCUUCCCCCCCCUAAUUCAACCAGGUGUCUUUCUCUUUCUCCUGUGUAUGCCUGUGUGCGUGCGUGCAUGCAUGUGUGGCUCUUGCUCCGUCUUCCCUCUUUCUCUCUUUCUCUUGCUCUCUCUAAGCAUGCAAAAUGAACAGCCCAUGUGUACAUAUGCUCAUCCUGUUGUAGAUAAUGUCCUGCCUUGUAAGUGUGAGACAAGAUGCAGAGAGAUCACUUAGGCAGAGAAGAGGGGUGAGGAGAGAGGGGCAGCUGCAAAACAGGUUCACAUUGUGUCCCCUCUCCUGUGUCCUCACUGGCUUUUUGUCUUCUGGCCACCUUGCUUGCAAGAGUCAGUCUGCACUGUUGUCUAGGCUUGUUCUCCUCUCCUACUUCCAACCUGUUUGGCUCUCAGCCUCCAAGUACCAGCAUAGCAGCUCUUGUUAUGCAUGAGUGCUUGCACACGUGCAUGGGGGUGUGCACUCAUGUGCAAUUGUCCAAGCAAGCAGAAGAAACCAGGACUGGCCUACAACACUAUGGACUGAAGAGUGCAGUCACCAUUCCUCCUGGGGAUGGGAGGCUGGGCCGGUGGGAUGUGAGUGAUGAGACCUUGGACGUCACCAAGCAGCCAUUCCUUUUAGAUACAGUGUGCAUAGGAACAAUACCUCAACCUGAAAACCACAAUCUGGUCAUUCCUAAUCAUUUUGGUAGACAUGCAAAAAUAGAGCCAAUACCCUUUUUUCUUGCUUUGUUGUUUUUGUUCUUACUGUCCUCCCCAGUAUAAAAGGAAAUGUAGGCUGUGUAAGGGGGAGUGUGUGUGCGUGUGUGUGUGCGCUGUAUACACUGCUAUUACAAAACACACUGCAAAUUCCACAUUUGAAAGAAAUUGGAUCAGAAAAUGUCCAGGACCUGUGAAUGUAAGAAAUAAAACAAAUGUCAGGUCCAAAAUCCUGGGCUUGCAAAGAAGGAGCCUAAAAUGAUGCAGCGAAGAAGUGGGCAGUACAAUUUCCCCUGCUCCUCUCUUAUCUCAAGGGUGCUGGUUUUGCUGGAGAGUGCCCCACACUUCCCCUGUGGCACAAUCACAUACAGAGGUGCCAAGAAGAGAGGGCUUUAGUGGUUCCCAGGUGAGGAAGCGAGAAAAAGCUGUGAGAAACAGGACUGAGAAAAUGGUGGGCAGUGGCUGGAAUUUGCCACACCAGCACAAUGUCUCCUGCAAGAGCCAGAGUGAGCAGGGGCUGCAGUGCCUGUGUGCGGGUGGGGGGAGCGGGGAGAAGAUUCCUGUGUCCCCUGGCCCGUCACGAGCCAUAGUAUCCACCAGCAGCAAAGAUGAUAAAGCACUGGGUUGAUUGGGUAGGCCUUUUUUGGAGAGAGGGAUGUGCAGGGGAGAGCCUGAUUUAUCCCAGUGAAGUCGAGUGACCAUCCCAGGACAGCAGAGUGUUUUACAGGUGCUCAGCCACUCGGCUCUCAAGCAGCAGCCAGUUUGCUCCUCUGCCUUUGCCCAGUGGCAGCACGCUUGGCAGCUUGCUCACAGGCAGGCAGGGGGGAAACAGCUCGGCCGUGCAGUGUGCGGGAGGGGAUGCCCCCAGGUGUCCCCUGACAGGAGGGAAAUGGGAAUUGCUGCUGCCGUCCCCACCUUCGCUGGGCGGCACAGUCCGGCAAGGCUGUGCCUUGCACUGCGGCUCUGCCGGCGCUGCUGAGCUCAGCUCUCCCGAGCAGCAGCAGGAACGCAAUCAAGCAGGCAGUCAGGGGCUCCUCCCAGGCAGCCAGAAGUGCGAGGAGAUUCAUUAAAGAGACACAUGAGAGUCUGAGGUUUGGCCAUUGCAAGAGCUGCUGUGGGAUUGGAUGUUGGUAAUUUAUGUUCCUCCAGACCCCAAAGCCAUACCUGCAAGAGGGUGCAAGUCGCAAGUGGGCAACUGGUGCUUGAAAUCCACCCAAGGCAUCCAGGGAUGGCUCCCUUCCUCCGAAAUUGUCAGUCAUUGAUGGGACUUGGGCAUCUCUUUUGGAGACUGGAGUCUGUCAGCCCACGAAACAAUAUGCCCUGCAUCCUUCAGAGCAUUCAGACGUCCCAGUCCUCGUGCCUAACUCUCAGGAGGGCCAUCUAAUUCAGAGUCUUAGUAACAAGUCCAGAUUUUCUACUGCAGCAGGCCUCCUCUUUCCCUGGUACAGCCGUGAGCUGAUCCUGGUCCCAGAAGCCAGGCUGGGAGCUGCACCCUUUCCUGCACACUGGCACGAGGGAAAGCACACAGUGCUCUUUCUUGGGGCUGUACCUAUGCCUGGAUUUAUUGCCACAGGAUUUAUUUGUUGGAAAAGGUGGGCAGCCUGCAAUGUCUUGCUGUGACAGGCUGCUCCUAAGGGCUGAGUCAAGCCCACUUUAGGUUCUUUGAUGUCAGCCCGGUUGCUAUGGUAGCACCUGUGCCAUGUGCUCUCUGCAUGUGUUUUUGUCACCGUGGGGUCACUCCUAGGCACUGGGGUCACACACAUCAGACCCUGUGGUGUGGUGGCAGUCAUUGAAUCCCAGCUCCUCAUUAUCUCAUGUCUGUUUUGGUUCAAAGGAGUUUUGAGGGGAUGUUUUUUUAGAUGUCAAGGCAUAUGGUUAAAAGGGAGAUGUCUCACUAAAAGCAGGGAAUCAAUUUUUUUAAGUCAUCUGCCCAUUAGUGGGGGAAAUGGCCUCAGCCCCAGUGCUGGGAUCUGGUCUCUUCUGCGGGCCCUGGGCAGAUCUUUGCCUCUGUUGCAUGGCUGUGAAACAGGGUGAAAGCCAGUGAAUUGCAGACCUCUCUGAGAAAAGCCACCAACACCAAGUAUGCCUGUUGUCUGCAGAAGUGCUGGGAACCCCACUCCUGGCAAUGUCUGUUCCUAGGGAAAUUGUGGGUAGGUUGGAGCUUGCUUUUCUCCAAGAAUCUAAUCCUGUGAGCUACAGUGUGCUCACAGGGUGCCGUAAAAAUCCCCCUGUUUCUCCUGAACUCAAGCUCUCCUGAACUUUGAGGAACUGCUCAAAGCACUUGUUGAGAGGUGAGCCCAGACGAAUAUAGGAAACACAGGCAAAGUCUAAUGCUUUUUCCCAUUCUUUCUCACCUCCAUCCUCUGAUGGAGAUGUUGCAAUGGCUUUUCUCAUGUCUCAGGCCCUACUCUCUGAAACUCUUUCUCCUAAUCAUCUCUUUUCCCUGUUUGCAUUGCUAUCUUUCCCAUCACCUCCCAAAAAUCUGUGUUCUUGCUUCCUGCUGCCUCUCAGCUGGUUGGGGACCAGAGAAGGUGGGUGUUUGGAAUUGGACACCAGUUCCUUGAGCUUGUCAGUGUAAUUGUGUUUGAUUGAUGGAGAUUUUAACAUUUAGUGUUAUAAAAAGAUAUGAACAAAAUGCAAAAAAAUUGUAUUUCUUCUACUGGUUUGUAAAUAUUACAAGAGUUACAUGAGAUGUCUGGUAAUGUCAAAGCAGAGGAACAAAAACUUAGAUUUCAUAUAUGGCCCCAUAAUCGCUAGCAGAUUUCUAACCCUUUUCGGAUGACCGAGAGGAGGGGUGAAGGCAAGUCUUUCUGAAAGGACCUGGGCAGGAGAAGUGCAGCCACCCCGAGCCACAUGGACUCCAUGCAUGAUUGUAGCAUGUUGCUUGGAGCGUGUGCCUGGUCAGAUGGAAAACGAAGCAAACGCCUGUCUCUGAACGGCUGGGAAGGGCAACGUGGGAUGCUCCGGCCGGCCGACACCUGUAUCCUGGCAGUCGUGUUCAUUUCUGUUUGUUUGCAGCCCCACACUCGUGGCUCAGUGAUGCACCCUCUCCUCCUCCUCCUCCUCCCCCGUACCCGCUUUCUUCACCGGUGAAAUUGUGUCGCCCCAUGCUAACCCCGAGUGCAUGUGAACGUGCCAUUCAUGGAGAUCUCAUUGGUGACAUGCAUUGUGUCAAGAGUUAGUCUUUGUCUGCACAUCUUUCUCACACCACUGACUGUUCACCACUUGGGCAGAUUGCUCGUGCACUGCUGCUUGACCCACUUUUGGUCAAAGAACAUCCAAGCCCCACCAGCUCUUCUUAGUUCCAGGUGCAUCCAGACCAUGCCCCCAGCCACCUGUCUGAGCAACCCUGUUCUGAAUGUCCAAGCCCACAGCAUGGACAAAGGCACCAUCAAAAGCCAUGUGGUCUCCAGGCUGAGUAGAAGCUACACAUCUGGAAGGAAUUUGGGGGAGCAGCAGAAAGUCCUGAUGAAACAAGAGGAUCUGGGAAGUCGGAGGAGUUAUGCUAGAAUCCUUCACAGACCCACCAGCAGAUGAUAUUUCAGCUCAAUUUUUGUGUAGUGUUUCAUCACUUCGCCCUUCCCCGGUGAGGGAAUCUAUGGGCACAGGAAAACACCUCUUCUCCUCCUCCCACCCCCUCACACCUCUGCUUCUUCUCCUCCAAGCAGACUGACCUGCAGCCCAAAUCAUCAUGGUGCUUGAUGUGAAGUAGCAACUGACAUGGGGGAUGGCUGACCAAGACAGCAUGACAGAGGAGGUGCCAGGGGGUGAGCAGUUCUCUCUCUUUCUCUCUCUCUUUCUCUCUCUCCUGAUGGUGCACAAUCUUACUGCUUCUCUGACUCGAGGACACAAAACUUCUUGAGUUUGGGAUGCCAGGAGCAAACUGUCCUAUGGGAAGAGCAAAACUUGAGGCAGGGAAGUGAUGGAGAAGCUGGAUGGCAAUUUCCAAGCUGUGAUGCCAGUGGAAAAGGGUAGGGAUGAGUGCUGUCCAAAAUCCAUGCACAGAACUCUCAGGUUCACCAGCGAGGAGAUCAUGGCCUCUCAACGCUCAUCUUAGAGUGGCUUCAUUUCCAGUGGGAUGCCCAGAAGAUGAUUUUUUUAAAUUGCAUGACUGCUGACUAAGAGCUGUGUCACACCACUAAAACCUCUUUCACUUUUCCUUCUUGUAACUUGCUAGAACAGUGAUUGGGCAGCUCCCACAGCCCCCAGAAUUUUGCCUAAUGGUUGGCUUCCAUUAGGGCAACAUAUGGUGCUUGCUUGUUGGUUCACUCGCUGUAACGGGGAGCAGAACUCAUCCUGGUGAGAGCACAUCCGUAUGGUCCUCUGAACCUCUGUGGGUCAGGGUGAUAGAGUGAGGCAAGGAGAUCUCCAAGGCAGGACUUGGGCGGGAGGAGCAGCUCUCCUAAUUAGCCCGGGCAGGUGGGAAGCAGAGAGUCCUUCCCUUGCUGCAGGCUUGGGUUAGCUGGUGCCACAGCAACUCCGAUGGCCCUGCAAGCCUGGUAGGAGUGGAGAAGGAGGGGGCAGUGACAGGGGAACAUGACUGCAGCGCAGGUGGUGGGGGCUGCACGAGCAGCAGGGCUCCUUGGGCAGCGCAGAUGGGGAGGGGGCAGAGGUUGCAUCCCAGGUGGGCUCUUCUUUCCCUGCCUGUCCUCAUGGUGCUUCAGGAGCUCCCUCCUGGCCUCCCGGGGCACGCUCACCAUGCAGCAAAAUGGGCCCCAGUGAGUAAAGCAGUGUGGCACCACGUGUGGUGGCUCCAGCCGUGUCCUGAGGAAAGGCAUGUAGGUGUUUCUGUCCGUAACAGAGGGGCCAUGGGUGGAGACGAGGAACAAGGCCUUCCUAGGAGCCAGCCAGUGGGGAGAGCACAUCCCAGGCGGGGCUGUCCUUCUCCAGAACUGUGACAUUUGCUCCCCGUUUGGGCACACACCGGCUCACACGCACACGCCCACCAGCUCCACGGCGCACACGCUACGGGAGUGCUCCUGGGCGCGCUCCUUCCCCACGCGCUCCACCACGCACAGCCAGGCAGGGCUCAGCUCCUGCUGCUGGCCGUGGCCCUGCCUGGGACACACAGCUUCCUUGUGACCUCCUGAGGAGCCAGGAGAGGGCCUGGGCACGCCCGUGCCUGUGCCUGUGCCUGCGGGGGCACACGUGCGUGCCAGGAAAGGGAGGAGGGGGCACAGAGCAGGAACUUGCCUCCACGGUGCCACCUCCCAAAAUCAUUCAACCUUCCCAGCUGGAGCCAAGAUUCAUCCUCUAGACCUUGAGAAUGAAGUCCAGUCCCUUCUUCUUGCUACACGGUGGGGUGGUUAGAACUCUCCUCAUUAACAGUGUUAUAUACAUAUAAAUAUAUAUAUAUAUCUAUAUCUUUAUAUAUAUUUUUCCCCAGCACUGUAGACAUGAGCUGAACUUCUCUUUAACGAAACGAGAAAAUGGCCAUUUUAUUUUUUCCAUUGUUUUGGUUUUGAAACUAGUUCUGUGAAAGAAAAUUUUAAAAGCGCAAGUGUGUGUGUAAAGGAACCAAUCAAAAAAAUUAAACCCAACAAACAAAUGAACAAAACCCAGUGAUGAAAUAAAAAAAAGAAGCUUUUUAUUUUUUCUUUUCUCAAUGUAUUUAACUUCUGUUAUCUCGUUUCUGUUUCUUUACAUGUAUGAAUGCUCUGCUCUUCUGUGAUCUUAAAAAAAAAAUACAAAAAAAUACAAAAAUUAAAUAAACGUGAAAAGGA